AUGACGGACUUACAGAAAUUGGUCGCCAGAAGAAACGCCUUCUUGGCUCAAGUGAAAGGAGAGCUUCUAGUCGCGAAAAACCUCAAUCAGAGGAGACCUUCCCAAAGUGAGGUUAGGGAUCGACUGGACCAGCUCAAAGUGCUUGCUGGAAGUUUCCGCGAUACCCAAAGUGAAAUUGAACAGAAUCAGAAAGAUCCGGAAGCUGUAUUGUCUGUGUUAAAUGUGCGGGAAGAAUUCUUCGGAGAUUUUUACAAAACGAAAGAUUUGUUCGAAUGUUAUCUCGAAGAAUUGGAACCGGCAGAUAGCCAGAAAUCGUUAGUAGUGACGGAAGAUUGGAGAGAAGCAUUACAUUUGCUGAUAAAAACGCAGCAACAAUUGGUGAUAGAUCAAGCGACAUCCAACCACGCUUUUGCGAAUUUGGCUGCUCGAGUUUCAAAUAGUGCUAUUCCUCCGGAAGAUUGUGAACAAAGUGAUCAGGUAUCGAGUGGUGCACCUCGAUUCAAUGUUCGUCUCCCAGCCAUAAAUGUGCCGAUUUUUCGUGGUGAUCGUAAGGGAUGGAUGACAUUCAAGGAUUUGUUUGUGUCGACGAUUCACGAUCGAAGAGAUUUAACCGAUUCGUUGAAAAUGCAAUAUCUGUUUUCGUACUUGGAUGGUGAUGCGAAACGAAUGGUUAACAAAUACACAAUUUCGAGUGUAAACUACCAACAUGCCUGGUUAGCGCUGUGCAAUCAUUAUGACAAGAAGCGCUACACAGUAUUUGCACUUGUUCGUGAGUUUAUGGAGCAACCAACCGUCUCAGUUAGUAAUUUGCAAGCUUUGAGCAAAUUGGUGACUACUUCGGAUGAGCUGGUGCAGCAACUUGAUGCACUCGGAGAGGAAUACCAGUCGCGGGAUCCCUGGUUGAUUUAUUUGACGCUGGAAAAGUUGGACAAGGACACUAGAGCUAGUUGGUCCCAGGAAGUGGUAGAAAAUGAGAAUCCAACUUUCGAGGAAUUGCUACAGUUCCUCCAGCAAAGGUGUGAAGUGUUAGAAACCUGUUCGGCGUUUUCGAAGAAAAGUGUUAGUGAAGUGAAUAAAAAAGAAAACCUGAACGAGAAGAAGAUUCGUACCAUGCAUACAGAAGUAUCAGAUAAAAAGUGCGCGAAAUGUUCUAAGGAACAUAACGUAUACCAGUGUGAUGAGUUCAAAAGCCUGAGUGUAGAAGAAAGAAGGAAUCUCGCCAAACAAGCUCGUCUCUGCUACAACUGUUUGCGGUCGUCCCACUCGGCUAAAACCUGUUCAUCGAAAUCCGUGUGUCGUACGUCGAAGUGCAACCAGCGCCAUCACACGUUACUGUGCCCGGCUGAUUCAAAUCCCCAGAACAUCACCGGCAGUAAUGAAAGCGGUUCCCAGAAACCCUGUGCAUCGGAGGAGAAAAAGGAAACGAUUGCUUCAUUAACGACUGAUCUACCUAUUGUGAAACAAUCAGUGUCACUGUUGCCGACUGCUGUAGUUAAAGUGCGAAAGUCUGACGGAACAUUUGCUAGUGCAAGAGUGCUUAUCGAUUCUGGAUCGCAGGCAUCAAUGGUUACCGAAGAAUUAGUGCGAAAGUUGGCACUCCCACGGAGCAACGGAAAAGUGAGUGUUUGCGGAAUCGGGCAAAGUAGUGCUGGUACUACCCGUGGCAUGGUGGCGCUGGAAAUAUCUUCGAGAUUCAACGAGGUUGUGCUUAUCAAAACCAAGGCUUACAUUCUCGGCAAAUUGACCUCUACUCUGCCGGCUCAACGUUUUUAUAAUCGUAAUUUGUCGUUUUUGGGAAAGUUGAACGACUUAGCGGAUCCGUCGUUUAGCCAACCAUCGAAGAUCGACAUUGUAUUGGGAACGGACGUCUUUCUUGCCCUCCUCGAAAGUGGCCAAGUCAAGGACGAAAGCGGCCAAACGGUGGCCCAAAAAACUAUCUUUGGAUGGAUUGUUGCUGGACGAUAUGAUCAGGCGGAAAUCAUAACCAGCAGCCACGCAAUCGUGAACUUGUAUACGGAAAUGGAUUUGAACCAAGCCUUACAAAAGUUUUGGGAGCAAGAGGAAAUUAACAAAGUCCACCAGCUGACUCCUUCGGAAAUAGCGGUUACAGAGCACUUCCGUACGACCUUACAAAGAGACGAAACUGGGCGCUUCAUCGUUCGAUUGCCCUUCGACGAUUCGAAGCCUUAUCUUGGCGAAUCAUUGACGGCUGCCAAGAAGCGAUUGGUUGCCAUGGAACGGCGUUUUGUGGUCCAACCCGAAUUCAAACGACUCUAUUCUGGUUUUAUGAGUGAAUAUCUGGAGCUCGGGCAUAUGGAGCUGGUGCCUAACGACGAAGUAAUGAAGGACUCUGCGAAGUGUUACUACUUGCCGCACCACGCCGUCAUGAAAGAGGACAGCACGACUACCAAGCUCAGGGUCGUCUUCGACGCCUCAUGCGCUACUGCGUCAGGCGUCUCCCUGAAUGAUCGACUCAUGGCGGGACCGAACAACAAUGCCGACCUGUUUUCGGUUCUCUUGCGAUUUCGGACCUACAAGGUGGCCUUUAGCGCGGAUGUCACCAAAAUGUAUCGCCAAAUUUUGGUGCAUCCAGACGAUCGUUGA